AUGGAGCCAAUAUACAUAUCACUCGUGAUUAUCAGUCUGCUUUAUUCUCUUUACUAUUAUUUCACGAGGACUUUCAAUUACUGGAAGGACCGAGGCAUCGUUGGACCAGAACCUGUUCCUGUAUUCGGUAAUGUGUUAAAAGCUGCACUUCGUUACGAAAAUCAUUCAGUACCCAUCACUCAAAUACACCAGAAGUAUCCAAAUGAGAAAGUUGUCGGAAUCUUCAGAAUGACCGAGCCAAACCUCAUAAUCAGAGAUCUAGAUAUGAUCAAACAUAUACUAGUUAAAGAUUUUGAUGCAUUCUCUGACCGUGGAAUCGAGUUUAGUGAAGAAGGUCUUGGUAAAAAUCUUUUACAUGCUGAUACUGAUACAUGGAGAGUACUCAGAAAUUGUUUUACACCGCUGUUCACAUCAGGGAAAUUAAAAAAUAUGACCUAUUUAAUGACAGAACGGGGAGAUCAGUUUAUCAGAUACGUCGAAAGCAUUAUAGGGAAUCAAGCAGAGCAUAAAAUUCUUAAUCUUGUACAGAAAUAUACAAUGUCUACGAUUGCAGCAUGCGCCUUUGGUAUGGAUAUCGAUGAUCUUUCUGACAAUAACGCGACAAUAAAAACCCUGGUGAAAAUAGAUCAUGACAUAUUCACGUUAAACCAUUUCUUUGAAGUGCUUUUAAUGUAUCCACGUUUGCUCAAGAAAUUGAAUACAACUGUAUUUCCUAAAUACGUCGGUGAGUUUUUCCAUAAAUUAACAAACUCUAUAAUCCGGGAAAGACAAGGUAAAUCCUCAAAUAGGAGAGACUUCAUGGAUUUGCUUCUAGAAAUGAGGAAUCAGAAAGAAAUACGCUCUUUGAAAAGAGAAAGCGGCGAUAAACAAAUGAAUUUAGAAAUUACAGAAAAUGUUAUUGCAUCGCAGUCAUUUAUAUUCUUCGCCACAGGUUACGAAACUAGUGCAACUACUAUGAGUUUUAUGUUAUAUCUACUUGCGAAAAAUCCACAUAUACAAGAGAAACUACAACAAGAAAUAGACAGAACACUCGAGAAGAGUGAUGGUGAAUUAACCUAUGAAAUAAUCAAAGAUAUGACCUAUUUACGUAAAGUCUUUGAUGAAACACUCCGUCUAUUUCCAAUAGGGGAGCCACUACAACGAAAAGCAGUAACAGACUACAAAAUACCUGACACUGAUAUUGUCAUCGAGAAAAAUCGAAUAGUAUUGAUUUCACCUCGUGGUAUACAUCAUGAUCCUAAAUAUUAUCCAAAUCCAGAAGAGUUUGAUCCAGAGAGAUUCAGUCCUGAAGUUGCAGCAACGAGGCAUCCAUGUGCUUACAUACCAUUCGGACUUGGGCCGAGAAAUUGCAUUGGCACGCGCUUCGCUAAAUUGCAGUCUAGCGUGUGCAUUAUCAAGUUCCUGUCAAAAUUCCGAGUGGAGCCAUCUGAAAACACAGUGAAAGAAAUCGAGUAUAACCCAAACAGGGUGAUCAUGUCGCCAUCUGAUGGGAUUGUACUAAACAUUGUGAGGAGGAAGUAG